UAUACCGUUUGUAGUAUCUGUACAGAAUAGCCUGUUUCUAGAUAAACUCUUCUUAUAAGUAUAAACUUACUUUCCUUUUUUUAGAAGGUACUUCGUAUAAACAUUUAAACACAUUCAAUUUCACAUUUUUAAAAAUUGUAAUAAUUAUGAAUCACGAUUAUAAACAUCGUAAAACAAGUUUCUUAAGAAAAACCUUGGAGAGAUCUGGACCAUUCUGUAGACCUGACUUUGAACCAGCUGCAGAAGCACUAAAAUUUAUAAUGCAAGAAUGCAAAGUGCUUGUCAUUGGUGCUGGAGGAUUGGGUUGUGAAUGUCUAAAAAAUUUAGCUUUUAUGGGCUUUAGAAACAUACACAUUAUUGACAUGGAUGUCAUUGAUUUAUCAAAUUUAAAUAGGCAAUUUUUAUUUAGACAUAAGGAUAUAGGUUUUUCAAAGUCGGAAAUAGCAGCUAAGUUUAUAAAUCAACGUAUGCCUGAUUGCGAUGUGACGCCACACUGUUGUAAAAUUCAAGAUAAAAAUGAUGAUUUUUACCGUCAGUUUCACUUAGUUAUUUGUGGUCUAGAUUCUAUUGUUGCACGAAGAUGGAUUAAUGGUAUGCUCACUUCAUUAUUAAAUUAUGAAGAUGGUGUACUGGAUGAGUCUAGUAUUAUACCCUGCAUUGAUGGAGGCACAGAAGGAUUUAAAGGAAGUGUUAGAGUAAUAUUUCCAGGAAUAAAUGCUUGCACUGAAUGCACGCUCAAUUUAUACCCUCCACAGGUAGUUGAGACUAUUCUGUUCAAAAAAGAUCAGUUAUAA